AUGGACUCUGCCGCCGAUUUCCCGCCCUUUCAGGAGCGGUUGACCUCGUCGCUCGUGCAGGUCACCCGCUCCGUGGGUCAGCUCUCCGCCGAAGACCUCAACUUCCAUCGCUCCGGGAACCGCGAGGUCUCCGACUCGCUGGAUGAGCAGAGUGUGAGGCUGCUGUCGCUGACGUCGUCGAUCGUCAAGGCCGCCACCGCCGGCACCGAGGUCCCCGCCCCGUCGCUGAAGAACGAGGACUCGAUCGAGGAUAACUGGCGCGGGGUCGUGGAUGUCAUUGAUGCGCUGCUGGAGCGUGCGGAUGCCUCUUUGGAUGAGUUCACCGGUGUUAUCAAGCGGCUGAGCCCUUCGCAGCAGGAGCAGGGUGCCGUCGCUGCGGCCAAAUACGCUAAGAAGGCUCCGUCCAACGCGUUCCCGACGAUCUAUGACUACGGCCCGUCGAAGAUCCCCAAGCCGCAGGUGGAGUUUGUGCGUCCCGUCGAUAAUACCGAUGAGUCGCCCUUCCGCCCGCUGCUGCGCACGAAGCCCCACGCCAAGGCGUCGUUGGAGCGCGUGCUCGAUGUGGAGGAUCCGGCCGCCGGCUAUCCCAACCCGUAUGAGGCGGAGAUUCGCGCCGCGCAGUAUCCUGAGAGGGUCUAUAAGGUGGCGCCGCCGGUGGACUACAUGCCGUGGGAGUCGACCACGGCGACGUUCGUGGACACGGUGGAUGGGGUGAAGGAAAUGCUGGCGGAGCUGAAGUCGGCGAACGAGAUCGCCAUCGAUCUGGAACACCACGACGUGCACUCGUACCACGGGUUGGUAUCGCUGAUGCAGAUCAGCACGCGCGACAAGGACUGGGUGGUGGACACGCUGAAGCCGUGGCGGGAGGAGCUGCAGAUGCUGAACGAGGUGUUUGCUGACCCUAACAUCCUCAAGGUGCUGCAUGGCUCGUCCAUGGAUAUCAUCUGGCUGCAGCGCGAUCUCGGCCUGUACAUGGUGGGAAUGUUCGAUACCUACCAUGCUGCCUGUGCGCUGCUGUACCCCAAGCGGAGCUUGAAGUUCCUGCUGCAAAAGUUCGUCAACUUCGAGGCCGACAAGCGCUACCAGAUGGCCGACUGGAGAAUCCGCCCCCUCCCCCAGGGCAUGUUCGACUACGCCCGCUCAGAUACCCACUACCUUCUGCACAUCUACGACCACCUGCGCAACGAGCUCGUCGAGAACUCGACUCCGGACCAUCGUCUCGUCGACGACGUCUUGCAGAACUCGAAAAACGAGGCCCUCCAGCGGUACGAGCGGCCCGUGUACGACGCGGCCACCGGCCAAGGUGCCGGCGGCUGGUACGACCACCUGUCGCGCAACCCGGCCGUGCUCAGCAAGGAGCAGUUCGCGGUCUUCAAGGCGGUGCACCAGUGGCGGGACGAAGUCGCCCGCGCCGAAGACGAAGGCGUGCAGUGCGUCUUCCCCAAACAUGUCCUCUUCAAGGUCGCCCAGGCCAUGCCGACCGAUCUGGGCACGCUCUUCCGCACCUUGUCCCCCGUGACGCCCAUCACGAAGGACCGCGCCCCGGAGCUGCUGGAGAUCAUCAAGCAAGCCAAGAUCGACGGCGCCGAUGGCCCCGAGUGGCGCGACGUCUACGUCAAGCCCAAGUGGGGCCAGUCCGCGGCUCGUACUGCGGAAGCCGCCAAGGGUCUGCUCACGCCGCCGGCGGGCGCAGACUCCGCCCCUGCCGCCGGCCGCUGCGAGGUCUCCCAAUUCUGGGGAGGGGUGCUGCACCCGGAGGAACCUCUGACGCCGCCCCAGUACGCCGCUGCCGCAUCCGCUGAAGCCCUCCGACUCUCCCUUCCUUUGCCCCCAGUGCCAACUGUCUCCGCCAAGCCUGCCCCGAAACCCGAGCCGACCCCCACAGCCGAGCCCACCCCAGCAGAACCCAUCAAAGAAGAAGAAACCAACCAAGUCUUCACCGUCAAGGAGAGAGGCGGACCCCGCAAGAAGCGCAAAGCCCGCGCCGAAUCCACCGACUCCGCCGAGCAAGCAACACCCGUAUCAGAGGCGGCCUCCGCCGACGCCUCCGCCGACGCAGAAGCAACCACCACCUCCGAACAACCCUCCUCGCAAGACAAGCGCUCCAAGAAGAAGAAGCAGCGCAAGAAUAAGAACGCCGCUGCGGCGAGCGAAACCCCAGAAGCGGAACAGGGAGGGAAAGAAGAGGAGUCAGCAUUCGACUACACCGCUGCAGACACCGUCCUCCACGCGAAACCCACCCAGUCUGGUCUGCCGCAGAAAAUGCGCUUCGACCCCUACAAGAAGGCCCUGGAGGCGCCUUCUGGUGUGAGGAAGCAGAAGAGGGAGAUCCCGGGGAAGUCGUUUACUUAUCGGUAG